AUGGAGAAGGCAGAAAGAGACGAGGCAGCUGGUGGACUCGACGAUGACGGCAUCCCUCUUACGAUCCCAUACGAACCCUCUAUUGAUGAUGAAGAUGAUGAUGACGGCGAUGUUUCUCUUGUUGAUGAUUCUAGAUUUAUUGCCUGUGGCUGGGGCAACGAGUGCUUACACGAAGCAGAGGACAUCGAUUUCGAAUUCGUCUACGCGUUACACACCUUUGUUGCGACCGUCGAGGGCCAAGCAAACGCCACCAAGGGUGACACCAUGGUAUUGCUGGAUGACAGCAACAGCUACUGGUGGCUGGUCCGUGUGGUGAAGGAUAGCAGCAUUGGCUAUUUACCGGCAGAGCACAUUGAGACGCCAACCGAGCGACUGGCGCGCUUGAACAAGCACAGGAAUAUAGACCUUUCCGCUACAAUGCUCGGAGAUCAGUCUGGGGAAAAGUCCAAGAGUACGUUCAAGACUGCUCUUAGGAAGAAGAAGAAGACGGUCGCAUUCGCCGCCCCGACUUUUGUCGAUUACUCUGACUAUGACUACUCCUCGGACGAGGAUGAAGUUGAUGGGUUGUUCUCUCAACAACAGGGUGCUCAACAGCAGCAGCAACAGCAACAGCAACAGCAACAGCAGCAACAACAAACGUCGCAGCAGUCGACAGAGGAAACGAUGGAUGACGACACGGCUAAGGUUGAGCCACUGAAGCCUAGGGCAACCAAGGAGGCCAACGCUACGGAACCGACGAAGAAAGAGGAGGCACCAGAGGAUGACUCGAAACGCGACAGCGGCGAAAUUUUUGAGAAACCAGAAGGUCCCAGCAGGUCGAGGAACGGCACCGUCAGGAACACCGACUCUUUCUUUAAGGACGAAACGGUCGAGACCAAGAAGAUCACGCUUACGCCUAACUUGCUUCGUGACGACAGCGGCUCGCGACCUUCGACAACUGAAAGCGUCCAGGUCAAGCAACGGCCAAGUCUGGAUAAGAUGGACAAGGAGCUACAGCCGGAUAAGAAGGAGGACAAGAAGAAGAAGGACAAGAAGGAGAAGGAGAAGAAGACGAGCACCAUUCGGAGUUUCUUCUCGCGUAAGGACAAGAAGAAGACCACGGACGACGACGAUGAGUCUUUUGGCAAGAGAUCGAUGGAUAUUGUUACAGAAUCCCAGGACCGGGAGAGUCGCGAGAGCCGUGAGAGUCGGGAAGAAGAGCUCAAGGAACCGUUGUCCCCGAGAGGCGAUGGUCCCCAACGAAGCGCAAGCAAGCUCCAGAAGCAACAGCCGAGGGUCGAGCCGUCCCCUGCGAGGGUCAACGGGGCUGCAACGCCACAAAAGUCUGCGACCAGGGAACUCUCAGAGUUCAUAUCCUCCGAAGGCCGCCCCAACAAUGUCUCGAACGUACCCCCUGCUUCAAUGCGCAUCGUGGAGGAUGAUUCGUCGGAUCCAGAGCUCUCUGUACAGCAGCAGCGGAUCAAGUCCCCCGAGACGACUCGGUCACCUCCCCAAGAAAAGUCGACCCUGUCCAAGAUCAUCCCGUCGAGGAGUGGCAACAGUGAACCCAAGCCGCAAAAGGUCACCAAGGCGAAGUCUCGAGUUGAGCUUGACGACUUUGACUCUUCCGGAGAGGAGGUUGAGUCUGCCGAGCCACCCGUGCAGCAGCAGGCACAGCAGAUUGUCAAGGAGGAGAAACUGGAACGGCCUUUGCCUGGCGCGUUCCCUGACAGCUACAUGAGCAGCUUGAGUGCUGCCAGCGCUCAGACUGAUAAGACAAUCACUCCUACGCAAACUCAACAGCCUCAGCCUCAGCCCACCGCCGCAGUACGUGAAAAGGAAAGACUCUCCGAAUCUCCCGUGCAAGUGUCUCCGGUCACUUCGCACAACCCUCCUGCGCUCAUGGUGGAUACUUCUAGUCAAGAAGGCCACUCGACGUCGCCAUCACCGGAGCUCAUUGAGGCUGAGGAGGCAGGCAGGCAUCGUGCACAAGAUUCGAUGACUGCCAGCUCGACGUCUACGGGUGGCAGCACUACCGGUAGCAGCUGGAAUGACGCAAAGCUUCGGGCCUUUUUCGAUUCGAGCUCGGAUAUCCGAGAUAUGCUGGUUGUUGUUUACGACAAGAGCGAUGUGGCGCCUGCUGGGCCGGAACACCCCGUCGCAGGCUCUUUGUUCCGCGAACAGAAUGCCAAGUUGGCGGAAAUUACAACACAACUUGAUAACAUGCUUGGCGACUGGCUAGCACGCAAGCAAAGACUUCGAGGCACUGUAUAA